UGGUUUUCGAUUGGUCGGUGUGAGAGCGAGCCCUUCUCUCUCAUUGGCUCACGAGGGCCGUGCAUGAGCGCGAGGGAAAGAGUUGUAAAUGCGAAGCGCGUGCUGGAAAAGCCGAGGCGUAGGGCUGAGAGCAGCAGCAGGGGCAUCACUCGUUACAACAUCUAGCCUCUCAUCCGCCCUCUCUAAAUUUUGUCGCGGUUUUCGGCUUUGUCGUUGAACUCUGAAUUGCUGUGAGCGGUAGGAGCCGGGCUCAUUAGCGAGGCUUUUGUUAGCCCGUUUUGGGGGGCAGUUCCUAUUGCCAGUCGGUGGGGGGCCGCGUUAUCACCUUUCGGUUAUUUGGGAGGCAAAACGGCAGCCUCUCACCGCUUGCUAGUCAAAAAGCGAUUUUAGGUGUCUUUAGUCGUAUUCCAGUGGUAUACUGCAUCUAGUCGGACCGGAAUAACGGCGCGUUUCAAAUAAGGUGGACAUUUGCUGCAGCUCUUUGUGUGGAUUCAGCUUCGUGUCCUCGUCGCUCUACCUGAAGUUCCACACUCCGACCUCCAAAACAUGUGCUCCCGGGUGUGGUUUAUCACAGACCGGCGGAUCAGCCAGGAGUACCCGCAGAUCCAGAUCCUGCGAGCGCUGAAGGAGCGCUGCAUCGAGGACGAUGUUGAAUUCCGUUAUCUCCUAAUGGAUGAGAUCGUCUUGACCAUCACGGACUGGCAGCUCGGUCUACGGGUCGGGCAAGAGAUCGUGACCUCGUACCCGCAGGUUGCAGUAGUGCGUGUUCCGACCCCAUGGGUCCAGUCGGACAGUGACAUCACUGUCCUGCGUCACCUGGAGAAGAUAGGCUGCCGUCUGGUCAAUCGCCCACAGGCCAUCCUUAACUGUGUCAAUAAGUUCUGGACCUUCCAGGAGCUCGCUGGGCAUGGAGUCCCUCUACCGGAUACCUACUCAUAUGGGGGACAUGACAACUUCCGCAAGAUGAUCGAUGAAGCGGAGCCUCUAGGUUACCCUGUGGUGGUGAAGAAUGCUCGCGGACACAGAGGUAAAGCUGUGUUCUUGGCCCGGGAUAAGCACCACCUCUCAGACCUGUGUCACCUGAUUCGCCAUGACGCCCCAUACCUGUUUCAGGAGUAUGUGAAGGAGAGCCAUGGGCGGGAUGUGCGAGUGGUACUGGUUGGCGGGAGAGUGAUUGGAUCCAUGCUGCGCUGCUCUACUGACGGACGCAUGCAGAGCAACUGCUCUUUGGGUGGUGUGGGAAUGAUGUGCCCCCUCAGUGAGCAGGGCAAGCAGCUGGCUGUGCAGGUGUGCAACAUUUUGGGAAUGGACGUGUGUGGGAUCGACCUGCUGCAGCUGAACGAUGGCUCCUUUGUGGUGUGCGAGGCUAAUGCCAAUGUGGGCUUCAUCGCUUUCGACCAGGCUUGUGGCAUGGAUGUGGCGGGCAUUGUGGCCGACUACGCCCUCUCCCUGCUUCCAAGCCGCCUCAGCAGGAAAAUGUCACUGCUUUCUGUAGUUUCCAGCACCAGUGAAACAAGCAGCGAGCCCGAGGUGCUUAUUCCCACUGAGGUGAUCAUCCCCAGAGAGGUGUGUAUCCCCAAUGAGAUUUGCCCACCUGGUGCUACAUGUGCCAUCCCCGACGGCGUAUCCACCAUGAGCACAAGCUCCACCUCCAGUGAGAGUGAGGUGGAUCUAAACGAAACAGGCCCUGCCCCUGUCGCCACUGAUCCCGCCUACAAUAUCAAUUCCCUACUUGCGAGUGAGAUCAAACUGUUGACUGAGUGAGCUGGAAUCACAGCCACAAACACACACACGCAUACACGAACAUUGCAGAGCGACACGCAUACUGAAGUGGACUUGAUACAUACAGAUGCACAUGUGUAAUCAUACUAACCCUCCCUGUAAACCCCUGUCUGAGGCUGCUCCCCUGAUGUUUCUUUUCCAUUGACAGACUAUAGAAUUAUUGAAGUGUACAGUGCAGUUUGGAAGUGCACUAGAUCGUGUACACUCCAACUUGGCUGCGGUGCACCAGCUGAAUAUGCGUUUGCCACUAAUUUGAUGGUGCAUGUACUGUAGAGUGGUUUUAUCGGUAAAAGAUUCCCAUAUGUAAUCUCUCAGCUACCAAUCCAACUGGAUUCUGAUGUACAUGCUGUGGGUUAGGGUAACAAACUCAAGGAAAUAGUUCAAUCUGUAAUAAAGAAAGAUAAUUAAUUAAUUUGAGCUUUUACAAACCCUUUUAUUAAGGCUGGCUAAAGGUAGAAUGCAUUGUGUGUGAUGGUGGGAGAGAGAGUGCAACAGAAUGGACCCAAAUUCAGCUGCCCGCUGUGAUACAAAGGCAUGUGCCUCCCUUCCCUCAGGGAACACAUAGACACCUAAAGGGUGAGCAAAUUUAAAAACUGUAAAGUUUAGUUGGAUGCCCCCUCAAUCUCUUUAAAGCAAGAGUGAGUAUGACCGAUUACGAGUGAGUAUGGCUGUUGCAAUGGCUACCUGUAUGAAUUUGAAUUACCUGAAUUACCUGAAAUGAAUUUACUGCUGAUAGGAUAUGCAUAAAGAUUUAAUUUGCCCUGAUAGUGUCGGCAAGAAUUGAGUGACUCAAUAAACAUUUACAUUCCUAAAUGUGCAAGUGAGGAUUUGGUGCACAGGAACUGGCCCUAAAUCAAUUCUCAUGAGUAUCACUUACCUGGUUAUUCUGUAAAUUAGGCCUCCAUUUUAACAAUCCUUGUUAUCCACCAUUUUUAACUAGUUGAAACCAGUACAUGGAUUGGUGCUACAGAAGAUAGUGUGACAAGCGUCAUUUUACAAUGUCAAGUAUUCAGAUCUGCAAUUGACCACAUGCCAAUCUCAUGUCUAAAGGCAAAUCGUUUUAUUCCACAUAUUAGGGUCUGAGCAUUGAGUUGCAUAGAGCUAGAGAAAGUAGAAUUUUAAAUGCUUAUGUUUUUACCACAAGGGCUGAACAUUUUGCCAACACUAAACUCUGAUGAUGAAUAAGCCAUUUGUCUUCAAUGAUUUGUUUGUACAAAAAUCUUGCAACAAUAAAACUGAAGUGUCAACUCAAAUGGGUGCUAGAACGUUUCUUAAUUCAGCCCAGUGGUUCAAAAGCCAAUGAUAACCAGAAAGACUCUUCUUUGUACUCUUCUCAAGAUAUAUUAGUGCAUAGAUCAUUCUUCUCUUUAACUUUAAGCAACUCUAGAAACAUCUAGAAAUUUGCAUGGAGUCUUAAGUUUAAGACAAACUGCACAUAACAAUAAACCUCAAAUUCACAAUGGACCAAACGCACAAUCCAGACCAGCUUGAAUGAUUUACGGUGUUAGAAGUCACACAGUUAAGAUCAAUGAAAAUGCAGUUCACACUGAUUCAGAAUUUUAGUGAACUUUACAGUAGAGUUAACAUUUUUAUCUACUGUUUACAGUAAGACUAGGUUUUAAAUUGGUCAACUCAGGGAAGCAGCCUUGAUCAAAUUCCUCUCCUUUUGAAUAUGUGACAUUUCAUGCUUUACAGUCCUGCCUAUGUAUAUCAAUAAACAAAUGGACAAUUAUAAAAUAUUAAGAAAUUGAUGCUGUGAGACCAGACAGUUACACUUCUUGUUUUAUAAUAUUUAGUGUUCUGUUGUCUAUUGUUUUCCUUAUUAUUUAUAGUUUUUCUUUUCUUGAAAAAGGAAAAACUGGCUUGUAUGCGAUAAUCUUGCUUGGGAAAUACGAUGAGUGAUGACUGGUUUUAGUGUGAGAUUAUCGAACCAAUAUUUACCACCUGAGACACACGCACACUCUUCUCACCACCUCCUCAAGCGCAGUGCUUUGCCGUCUUGUGUGUGUGUGUGUGUGUGUGUGUGUGUGUGUGAUGUGUUCCAUCAUUCCAUGCGACCAGAGAAUUGCUUCCUCUACCUGAUCCCACACAAGAACAAAUGUCCCUGUAAAUUGACACUUUUUGGUGUUUGGUAUAACAUGCCAUAUGGUUGUCAAACUCUUACACACUCUGCCUCCACUUCCAGUGCACCACAACAGGAAGUUUCCUCCCCAUGUUUAGUUUCAAAACUGUCACUCCAAAUCAAAAUACUUCGUUAGAAUUAAUUCAGUAUGGAGAGAUGAAUCUUAAAUAACAGAUGCCUGUGUGAAACACCCACAGCAGUUAUUACACUCCCGGGUCUGAACUGAGAGAUAAAAUGGCAUCAUUUGAUCUGCCACAGUGGAAAACAAAUAAUUCAACUAAACCAAGUCCUGAUCCUUCUGAUUGAAAAGGUACCACUAUACCCCCUGAUUUAUGUGAAUUAGGAGUUUUAUCCAUUGGUAAUUAACAGUGUCUAAAAAGGAAAAACAAAAACAACAGUUGCUGCUAAUGAACACUACAAUCUGGUUUGAAAAGGGAAAUGUUUUGAGACUCUGUGUGUUCAUUUCUUUGCCCCCCUUUUUUUUUUUUUAUAUUGGGAAGCAAAAUGCCAAAAACCAAUUUAUGUUGUAUAAUUUAAAAAAAGAAAUUACUAGUGAUGGAACGCUAACAUUGAUGUUAUGUUAUGACGUAAUAACAACAAUAAAGACAUUUUAAAAAUGUCUAGAACCUGAAAAUGUGUUGGAUGCUUGUCUAUUUAUCCCUCACCACAUUAAGUAGAAACACAAAUGUAUAUUAA